UGUGACUCAGUGGGGCGGUGCUACAGUUUUAAUAGAAACACCGCAACAUUAUCCCGAACUGAGACAAUAAUAUCUGCAAAAUGAGCUCAUCUGACAUGAAGGUCAUCACUGUAAUAGGCAGUGGGCUGAUAGGCCGCUCCUGGGCUAUGGUGUUUGCCAGUGGAGGCUACAGUGUGAAGAUCUAUGACAACCAACCUGGACAGGCUGCUAAGGCCAUCACAGAGAUCAGGAAGCAGCUGGAGGAGCUGGAGGAAGCCCACAUGCUCAGAGGAGAGCUGAGUGCCACACGGCAGCUUGCUCUGCUCAGCAGUUACGAUGACCUGGCUCAGGCACUGGAGGGAGCCUUCUUUGUCCAGGAGUGUGUGUUCGAGCAGCUUGAGGUCAAGCAGAGCGUCUUCCAGGACAUAGAGUGUGUUGUGGGAAAGGACGUCAUCCUGAGCAGCUCCACCUCCUGCCUGGUGCCGAGCAACGUCUUCUCCAAGGUCCAGAACAGGAGCCGCUGCCUCGUCUCCCAUCCGGUGAAUCCACCCUACUAUGUCAAACUGGUGGAGCUGGUACCUCACCCAGAGACAGCAGCGCAUGUUAUGGACACCACCCAUGCUGUAAUGACCAAGGUCGGACAAGCUCCCGUCCGCCUGAAGAGAGAGAUCGAUGGCUUUGCCCUCAACAGAGUCCAGGCGGCCAUUAUCGCAGAGUCCUGGAGGCUGGUCCAGGAUGGCGUUAUCUCAGUCAAGGACAUCGACCUGGUGAUGUCAGAGGGGCUAGGAAUGCGUUACGCCUUCAUCGGUCCCAUGGAAACGAUGCACCUCAAUGCGCCUGAAGGUUUGGAAGACUAUAUGAAACGGUACGGAGUGGGCAUAACGAGAGUCCUGACCUCCUUUGGGCCUGUACCAGACUUCUUCGGUGAGGGAGCCAAGAGCAUCGUUAAUGAGAUGGAUGAGCUGAUUCCCAGCGAGCAGCAGCAUCUGUCGGCCAGGAGGGAGAGGAGGGACCAGCUCCUCAUGGGUCUAGCUAAGCUGAAGAAGGACCACUGAGAUGUGUUCAGGGCCCAAACUCAAGAAAACGAAUGAUUACAACUGCGACAACUGUGAACAGAAAUCCUUAAAAUAUGACCUUAAGCGUGAAAGAAAAUUAAAUAAUGAAGUUUUA